AUGGACGAGCUGGACACGGCAGGAUUCGGCGAUCUGCAGGACAAAAAUGAGAUUAUUCGUAAGUACAUCGAGCAGUUGGACCAGUUGAAACGGUUGGCUGCGUUGCGCGGCCGAAUCAGCGAGUCUGAGUUCAACAACUAUCUGAUUCGGCACUACUUCCACAACAACAACAUCAUCAAUUAUAUCUUCGACAAGAACACCAGUCGGAUACUGCUCAAAACGGUCAUCGACCGGAAGAAGAAAAUUAUCAACUUCAUUUUUGUCCUGCUGACGUUGUUUAUAAUAUUCUCCUACAAGCAUGAAGUGUCGACAGUCGUCCUGCGAAACAUUCAAACGUUCAUAUAUCCGGGUAUGCGGGUUUGGAGGAAGGUUACGGUGCCAAUUAUUGCGAACUAUCCGUCGUUAACGGAAUACUACGACGAGAGCUGUCUGCUAACGAAUCCCUACUUCCAAGUGGAGAACCUCAACUGUGAUCCCUGUGCGGACGUUGCCAACGUGCUGGACUUCACCAGCGUCGAUCAUGUCGCAGUUAAUUAUCCGUAUAUUUUUAAGACCCAAAAAGAACUGGUUGAUAUUCAUCGGUUGCAAACGCUUUAUGAGCAGCAUCGUGCCAUUUUCGCGAAGGAUGCGUACAAAAUACAAUCGACGCAUGAGAAUAUCCACAAUUUGGAUGACUUGUUUCAGCAUUUCAUGAAUGCCAGCCAUCAGGUCGAGAGCCACAGCGUGUGGCGCUGCAACCGGAUGGCACCGGCACGGCUUCUCAGAGCCCUGUUCCCCCGACCGGCUCGGUUACCGUCGACCGGUGUAAGUUUGGAGCGAUACCUGAUAGUAGAUACACCGCAAGCUGCUCCCUAUCGAAUUCCGGACGCCGAGUGUGCGAACAUGCUUGUGAUUCAGGGUUACGGCAGCAGAACGUUUCUGUUGAGACCGACGCAAGAGUGUAGACAUCGGUGCCGGACGCUAUCGGUCCGAUUGCCCGCCAGCUAUGGAUUGAUUUAUAACUGGUGGUACUGGAAACCUAUUUCCUUACCGGAGCAGUAUACCAAGUCGCCCUCCAUCAGCUACAUUGGAUCGUACUGUUGAGCUAAAAGAAAAAAAAAUGGAAACAAUUUAUUUAUGAUGUGGAAUCUAACCCAACCAACUCACCGAAGCCAAAAUUCUGGAGGAAACUGCGUUAAAAUUUCGGGGCUUGUUAAAUAACAUCUCAAGUCGCCGCACUUCCCGAAGCAUGUUAUUCCAUUUACGUACUCAACAAACAAAAUACCAGAAGCUCGAUCAGACCAUUUUAAUAGAUGAGCGUCUGUUGUGAUUACUAGUGUGAUUCAUCAUCUCAAGCUUGACGCCACUCUGGACGCGUCAUGUCGUGCAUUUGUGGCAAAAGAUAGAUAUUAGGUAGCGACGGUCAGUAUUGCGGCAAUUAACGGCGUUUCCAGAUAUGAGCGGCGUGUCUCAAAAACCUUUCUAGUGACAUUUACAGAAAAGUUCUCGAGGAAACGUUCAUCAGUUAAGCAUACCAAAAAAAAAAAGUCAAAACGCUCGUAAAUUUAUCGUUUUUUGUUUCUGUUUUAAGCAAUGUGAGAUUAAUUUGUAUGUGUGUGAACUUUGUAUUUCGUUAGUAUUAUUGCAUUUAGUUCGUAAUUUACGUGUUAUAGAAACGCUAUAACAGCGGACGAAAAAAAAAGUUAAUCAAGUAUUUCUUUUAUAUAACAUUUACAACGUACUUUCUCUCAACCACUGACUCUCACUGAGAUUCCUUAUUUGAAUGUUCUUAUGACUGACGUUAAAUCUGGCUAUACUGCAACACACAGUAAGCCUCCUCCCAUUAUAUUUAUUUCGUAAUCGAAGCCAAAUCCAGUUGACGUGUUUGAAACGGAAGGGAUGUAGAAACAAACAGCUUCCCGAUUUUGACCAUAGAAACCUGCCAUAAAACGUUGUUCGGUUUGAAUGUUUCGUGUUAAAUUUAUAUUCCUAAGUGUGCGAUUGAUUGAUGGACAAGCGACUAGCAGGUGCAUGGCCGGGGUUGCGAAACUGUAUUGCUCCGGCUGGAUCGAGAAAGACGAUACCAUUAUUGAAUCGUCGACAUCACGGGCAUGAAGUUGGAAAAUAGCUUUACGUAUUGUAUUGUAAAACAAAGCACAUAUAUUUUUGCUGUAACACACCGAUAAAUUCCAAAAGAUAACAGUAGAAUGACUACCGGUAACAGAAGUAAAAAUAAAGCAAAUGUAUAUAACCACUCGAAAAA